AUAUGAGAACUUCUGAUUCGAGGUUUUUAUUUAAUUUAUUAUUAUUAUUUUGGGUUAGUAGGUUCGCCGUGGAUUUCUUUUGUCGAAGAUUAUUAGGGUUAGGGUUUGAUAGAUGGGUACGGAGAGGAAGCGGAAGGUAAGCUUGUUCGAUGUAGUGGAUGACACCUCAGUCUCUGGCAAGAUCGCGAAAUCUAACGGCUUUGCAGUUCAAGGAAACAAAAACAUGGGGACUCCUCUCGUCAACAGUUGGAAUGGGCGGCCGUACUCGCAGAGAUAUCACGACAUUUUGGAGAAGAGGAAGACUCUGCCCGUUUGGCACCAGAAAGAUGAGUUCUUGCAAGUUUUUAAGGCCAAUCAAACCCUGAUCUUGGUGGGUGAAACUGGUAGUGGUAAAACCACUCAGAUUCCUCAGUUUGUUUUGGAAGCUAUUGAUAUAGAGACCCCAGAUAAACGCCGUAAGUUCAUGGUUGGCUGCACGCAACCUCGCAGGGUGGCUGCAAUGUCUGUUUCUCGUCGAGUUGCUGAGGAGAUGGAUGUAAAUAUUGGAGAAGAAGUUGGUUAUAGCAUCCGUUUUGAAGACUGCAGCAGUGCCAGAACAGUUCUGAAGUAUUUGACAGACGGUAUGCUUUUAAGAGAAGCCAUGACAGAUCCGCUUUUAGAACAAUACAAAGUGAUAAUCCUUGAUGAAGCUCAUGAAAGAACUUUGGCAACAGAUGUUUUAUUUGGCCUUCUGAAGGAAGUGCUAAAAAACAGGCCUGACCUGAAGCUAGUUGUAAUGAGUGCUACUCUCGAGGCUGAAAAGUUUCAGGGAUAUUUUAAUGGUGCACCUCUUAUGAAAGUUCCUGGCAGGCUUCAUCCAGUGGAGAUUUUCUACACCCAGGAGCCUGAAAGGGACUACCUAGAAGCAGCAAUUCGUACAGUUGUGCAAAUACACACGUGCGAACCACCAGGUGACAUACUUGUGUUUCUUACUGGAGAGGAGGAGAUAGAAGAUGCCUGUCGAAAAAUUUCGAAAGAAAUCGCAAAUAUGGGAGAUCAGGUGGGGCCUGUAAAAGCAGUGCCUCUUUAUUCUACACUUCCUCCAGCUAUGCAACAGAAGAUAUUUGAACCUGCUCCCCCUGCACUUACAGAUGGUGGUCCUCCUGGAAGGAAGAUUGUGAUAUCAACAAACAUUGCAGAAACUUCUUUGACGAUAGAUGGCAUAGUUUUUGUCAUAGAUCCUGGGUUUUCUAAACAAAGAGUUUAUAACCCACGAGUUCGUGUUGAAUCAUUGUUGGUCUCUCCAAUAUCAAAGGCUAGUGCACACCAGAGAUCAGGGCGUGCUGGAAGAACACAACCAGGUAAAUGUUUCAGACUCUACACCGAAAAAAGUUUCCAUAAUGAUCUUCAGCCGCAAACCUAUCCAGAGAUACUGCGAUCAAACCUUGCAAACACAGUUCUCACCUUAAAGAAACUAGGGAUAGAUGAUCUAGUCCAUUUUGAUUUUAUGGACCCUCCUGCCCCAGAGACAUUGAUGCGGGCAUUAGAGGUUUUGAAUUACUUGGGUGCACUAGACGAUGAGGGAAACUUGACCAAGCUUGGUGAGAUCAUGAGUGAGUUCCCAUUAGAUCCACAGAUGGCGAAGAUGCUCGUUGUCAGCCCUGAAUUCAACUGUUCAAAUGAAAUUCUGUCUAUAUCUGCCAUGCUUUCAGUACCCAAUUGCUUUGUCCGGCCUAGGGAGGCUCAAAAAGCUGCAGACGAAGCGAAAGCUCGAUUUGGGCACAUUGAUGGCGAUCAUCUCACGCUCUUGAAUGUAUACCAUGCAUACAAACAAAAUGGUGAGGACCAAUCUUGGUGUUAUGAAAAUUUCAUCAAUCAUAGGACACUGAAAGCUGCUGAUAAUGUGAGACAACAGCUAGUUCGGAUCAUGGCCAGGUUCAACCUCAAGCUAUGCAGCACAGAUUUUAACAGUCGCGACUACUACAUCAAUAUCAGGAAGGCUAUGCUAGCUGGAUAUUUCAUGCAGGUAGCUCAUCUGGAGCGCACUGGACAUUACUUGACUGUGAAAGACAAUCAAGUGGUUCACUUGCACCCUUCAAAUUGCCUCGAUCACAAGCCUGAGUGGGUCAUUUAUAACGAGUAUGUCUUGACAAGCAGAAAUUUCAUCCGUACAGUAACAGAUGUUCGUGGAGAAUGGUUAGUUGAUAUAGCACCACACUAUUACGAUCUUGAGAACUUCCCACAAUGUGAGGCUAAGCGCGUGCUUGAGAAGCUUUACAAGAAACGAGAGAGGGAGAGGGAAGAGAGCAAGAUCAGAAAGUAAACUGUGUUUAUUUGUAGGCUUGGUUAUCUCUGUUCACUGGCAAUUGGUGGGUGGUGUAGUUCCAGAGCAUAUUUUUGGCAAUAACACCCUGUAAAUCCUAUCGAGAGAGUCCUGGAAGACCAAGUGAACAUUCGUGUAACAUUUAUGAAAGUGGUUUAGUAAGAGGAGUUUGGUGCUAUAUUUACUUAUAGCCGAUUUGGCUUGAAUGUACUACUUGUUUUCUUGA